AUGGCAAGCACAAGAAGUUUGAUUUUGAUUGUUUUGGCAACAAUUGCGGUUUCUUGUGCAAUCACACAAGUGAAAGCAUAUUCAAGCUCUUACUGUGGCCCUUGGUCUCGCUGCGAGGGAAAAACCUUAUACUGCCCGUCUGAAUGUCCCUCAAGUGUCUCCAACGACCCCAAGGCUAAAGUUUGUCGCAUCGACUGCUAUUCUCCUAAAUGCAAGGCCGAAUGCAAAAACCCUAAAGCAAACUGCAACAGCCCGGGAUCAGCAUGUUACGACCCACGCCUAAUUGGGGGAGACGGCAUUGUGUUCUACUUUCACGGAAAGGUGAACGAGCAUUUUAGUUUAAUCUCCGACUCUAACCUCCAAAUAAACGGCCGAUUCAUUGGCCACAGGCCAGAGGGGCGAUCCAGGGACUUUACAUGGAUCCAAGCAUUGGGUCUCCUUUUCAACUCCCACUCUUUCUCACUAGAAGCCACUAAAUCUGCCACAUGGGACAGCGAAAUCGACCACCUUAAAUUCUCCUUCGAUGGGGAAGAAAUCUCCCUACCCACCGGUGGGCUUUCCACAUGGAAGUCCCCGAACGAUGAAGUUAAAAUCGAGAGAACUUCAGCUGUAAACAGCAUUAUUGUGACCGUGCCUGGGGUGGUAGAGAUUUUGGCUAAUGUAGUGCCAGUAACCGCGGAAGAUGACAAAAUCCAUGGCUACAAGGUUCCUUCAGAUGAUUGUUUUGCUCAUUUGGAAGUUCAGUUUAGGUUUGUUGGACUUUCGGAUAACGUUGAAGGGGUUUUGGGAAGGACUUAUCAGCCCGAUUUCAAGAACCCUGCAAAGCCAGGGGUCGCGAUGGCGGUUGUGGGAGGUGAAGACAAGUAUAGAACAAGCACAUUGUUAUCUACUGAUUGUGCAAGUUGUAUCUUUGAUGAGAAUAAAGUUGUGGAGAAAGAGAACAAAGUAGAGGUGAUGCAGAAUGGAGCAUUGGAUUGUUCUGCUAAAGGAUUGUUUCAUGGAAAUGGGAUUGUUUGCAAGAAAUGAAGAGUGAAGAAUAUGACUUGAUCAUGAAUAAAUUCAUUAUAAAUGAUUAAUUAAUGAUAAAUCCUUGGAUUGAUGUUUAAUCUCUACUUAUUUAAUGACUUUGUUUGAAUCUUAUUGUAAUAUUGUUCAUUUAUCUUAAUGCAACAUGCUUUUCCAAUGGAAAUCUAAUUGCAAAA